AUGGACGACCCCAUCAACGACAUCCCCCAAAUCAUCUACAACCUCACCACCGCCCCCUCCUCGCUCCAACAAAAAACCCUCGAACGCUACUUCACCCCGGACGCCUCCUUCACCCACCCCUUCUGCGCCGUCCACAACAACCGGCAAGCCAUUCUGAGGAUCUUCCAAUGGUACAAGAUCCUCUCGCCUGAUAUCAAGAUUCGGAUCAACUCCGUCGCUUACGAUCAAGAACACAUGACCUUAUACGUCAACCUCUCCCAACUCUUCGCCAUCUGGUUCAUCCCCUUCCACCGCUCCCCCGUCACCCUCACCACCGUCCUCACACUCGCCCACGGCCACGCCCUAAACACGUCCACCCCUCCCCCAAAAAACCCCACUCCACAUUCUCAAGCACAAUAUUUCAUAACAUCCCAAAACGACCUCUACCAAGUGGACCAGUUCGUGCGCUUCUUCUUACCCUGGGGGCUCGGCACCACCGUCAUCGCUGUUUGGCAUUGGGUGGCGACGCUCGUCUGCGUGGUAGGGGCGAAGGUGUUGCAGCCGGUGCAGUGGGUUUUUGCGGAGCUCAGUCGGCCGCUGGGGGAGGAAUUGGAGGAUGGGGAUGGGGUGGGGGAGGAGGGGUUGGAGAGGUUGGGGAUGGAGAGGAGGGGGUUGGAUGUUGGGUUGGGGUUGAAGGCGAGGAGGGUGGGGAGGAGUGAGGGUGUGGUGGGGGAGAGAUCUGAUGAGGAUGAUUGA